AGUCCACGCUAGAAAUGGAUGAUUUCACAAAACCAGCAGUCGACUGUUUUGUUGAAGCGCUGUACUCUGGUGAAGUCGAUAAACUGGAAAAAGACAUCUUUGAAGAAGUUAACAAAAUGGCACAUGUAUUCGAUGUGUCUUGGUUGACUAAGAGAUGUCUGAAGUUUUACAAAGCAGACGUACUGAAGUUUGAGAAUAAUUCGUACAAAGAAAUGUUAUUUGCUUGCGAGAUUGCUAGCAGGGCGCAUUACAAUCUGAAAGACAGCAAGUAUGUCAGCUGUUUUGUGAAGAAUGUUACUUUCAGUGGUAACGGUAAAUUUAUCUUUUUACAGAGAUAUAUGGCUGGCUUUUCUGCGCUACCCAAACGUCGGAUUGACAUGUCCUUAGUUAUUGCUGCUAAUGAUCUGAACAUGAUCAGCAAUUUUGUUAUAUCCUACAUUUCUUCAACCUUAAAAUGCAAGGGAUUGGAUGAUAAUUCUCUGUACAUGUUACAAAAGCUGGAUAUCCAGAAGUUCAGCUGUACAUUUUCUUCUGAAUUAAAUGAAUUAACAGACUUCCUGGCCGCCAUUACCGAAGAUUCUGAAUGUGCUGAAAUGAAAGCGGUUGUAGAGAAGUUUGUUAAAGGGAGAGAUACUGAAGAGUCAAGUAGCUCUAAAGAAGAGCUAGAAGUUGAUGAAAGUAGUGAAGAUGUACAAGACAGUGAUGGUGAGGAUUGUAAAGAUGUUGCUAAUCAAACUGACGAAAUAGAGUCAGGUUGGAUACAGUGUGUUACUGAGACAAACUACACCCUGUCACACUACGAACCAGUACAGAUGAUAACUAACACUACAGAGUCAGGGGGUUAUAUUGUUGUGUGUUAUACUCUAUCUGGAGAAGGUGGGAGUAGUGGGGAAUAUAUUUGGAUUAAUAGAGAUAGAACCAAUCAGUGA